CACCCACUUCUGUCCACUUCUGCAUUUCCUCUUCCCCACAAACUCCUUUCGUCUUCAACAACUGCGACCGCUCCCCGCAGUCUCCCUCAUCAACAGUUUUUCACCAAUUCCUAACCCUUUCGCAAUCGCACCCACUACCAUGUCUGCCUUCGUCCCCGCCGCCACCGUCGCCCGCUUGUCCUCGACCCGCACCUCCUCGCGCACGGCUCUUUCCUCUAAAUCCUCUAGCCUUGUUGCCUCAAGACCUCUGGGCCUGCGAGUAGGCGUCGCCCUCCGCACCCCCACCCCCUCCCCCCGCGCUGCCAUUUCCAUGAUCGCCACCGGUGAGCCGCUGGAGGACUGGCUGCAGCGCGCCGAAAAGGACCUCGGCAAGUGCACCCGCGGCAUCUUCGCCGCCUGCAAGGAGGUUGCCUACAAGAUCCGUACAGCGUCAUGCGACAAGAUGUCCUGUUUUAACGACUUUGGCGACGAGCAGCUGGCUAUUGACGUGCUCGCUGACAAGGUUAUCUUCGAUAACCUCACCGAGUCUGGCGUUGUCGCCGUCGCUUCGUCUGAGGAACUGCCCAUUGAGAAGCCGAUUACGCCGGGAGGAAAGUUCGCGGUCGCCUUUGACCCCUUGGAUGGCUCCUCCAUUAUCGAUACUAACUUUUCCGUCGGAACCAUCUUCGGCGUGUGGAAAGGUGACAGGUUCGUCGGGCAGGAUGGGCACGGCGUCGUCUGCGCGGGGCUCACCAUCUACGGCCCGCGCACGACAAUCACGCUAGCGAUCGACGGCGUGGACGGCGCGCACGAGUUCCUUCUCAUCGACGACUUCUCUGCCAAGCACGGGUCAUGGAUCCACACGGCGGCCUUCUCGACCGUCAACGAGGGCAAGCUGUUCGCGCCCGGAAACAUGCGCGCCGCACAGGACAACCCUGGAUACGCUAAACUUCUGGAGCACUACUACUCCAACAAGUACCAGCUGCGCUACACGGGCGGCAUGGUGCCCGACGUGAAUCAGAUCCUCGUCAAGGGCAAGGGCGUGUUCUGCAACCCGGCGUCGCCGUCGGCCAAGGCCAAGCUUCGGGUGUUGUAUGAAGUGCUGCCCAUCGGAUAUGUUAUCGAGAAGGCGGGAGGGAAGUCGAGCAACGGCGCGGGCAGCGUGUUGGAUAUUAAGAUCAAAUCGUGCGAGGACCGCUCGCAGGUGUGCUAUGGCUCGGCCGAUGAGGUCGCGCGAUUCGAGGAGUUGGUUGGUGUCACGUACGCUGUCGAGGAGGCGACGGUUUAAAUAAACUUUGACUUGUCUUG